CACUUGAUAUUCGAUACUUGAUAGCGAUUUUUGGAUUGCUUCGAUAUAUGGUAUCCCUAAAUCCUAAUUUAUAAAUUAUUCAGAAAAUUUAGCUUGUGAGGUGUCCUGUUUAUUUCUUAAAAUGUUUAUUUCGAGUGCUUUAAUUGUUUCCAAAACAAUGCAUUUCUCCACCCUCAGCCUCUCAUCAAGUGCCUCUCAAAGGGUUUCUUGAAUAUUUUUUUUUUAGUUAUAUUCUCCUAAUUAGAUAAAUCUUCGUAUUUAAUAUUAUUUUCGAUAUAUUUUUUAUUUAUCUAUCUUUUAUGUUGGCAAUAACUGUCUUAUCUCUGCUCAAGAUAAUACACCACUCGCCAAAUCAGUUUCUUUAUAACACUUGUAAAGUUACUCUGUAGAUUUAUAAAUUUUAAGUGCUCGUAAUUUGUAAAUUUCCCAAUAAACUCAAAUAUGGCUUCAAGUGACCCAGAAAUAAAAGAUGGAUUUAGUCUGCCGGUUUGGAUGAAGACAAAACCAUCCAGAGAGUUUGAACCGUUUGCCUCAUCACCACCAGCUCCAGAGGACACAUUCUUCUAUAUCCGCUAUCCGAAAUCUGACGUGCUUUUGGGGAAGCCCAAGUUCAACACAGAUAUACCUAAGGCUCUGAACGAGCCCAAGGACUUCGCGCAGUACGUGAUCAAGGACCAGGAUUGGUCCAAACACACCAAACCAUGCCAAGAGGUGCUUAACGGCAUCGCACCCAUUAACACCGCGGUGAAGUCUGUGAACGUCAAGCCGAAGCCGGCGGGAACGGACGAUGGUUUCAAAGGGGAGGGGGCGGCCUGCGGCAGUUCAGUCGUCAAGGUAGCGCACCAGAUGAUCUCGUCCCGAGGCUUCACAGUCGCUACUCCGGCCGACUCAGCCCCUGAACCGGUACCGCGUCUGAGUCGUCGUGGUAGUCGCAGUCUUCCCGCCACACCCGCAACCUCUCCACACGGAAGCCCUACAAGCAGACGAAGAAUGGUUGGCAAUCGUUACUUUACAUCACCAUUUGAACCGUCUGAAGAUGCCAGUCGAAGCUCCUGGCUGACAAUGGCCCUGCUCGGCUUCAAGAAAGAUUUGACCACCUCCACAUCAACCCUCGCUGAAGAAGAGGCCGAACAUCGGUUACAAUGCGGCAGUCUGGCAGAAUCUGUUGAGAACUUGGGCCCUUCUAAACAAGAGCCCAAGUUGAUAAAUGAAGCUACACCUUCCAAAACAUCCAAACCAGCCAACAGUUACCGCCCCAAGCCAUCAGAGCUCCGAGAAAUGAAUUUCUGGUCUCCGACGUCCAUGUGAAACAAAAAUAUGACACUCUGGUUCAUAUUAUCUCCGCAUAACAUUUAAAUGCGGAUAUCUGACAAUGUCCUUGUGAUUUAUUUAUAUUAAUUAUGUAUUAACAUGGGGACGAGACUAACGCAAUGUUCUGUGUUAUUGUAUAUGAUGACAUUCAACUGUAGAUAAAAUAUAUCUUUGGAAUUUUAACAUUGAAAAAAAAAAAUAAUCUUUUUAUAUCUGUGAUGUGAACAUAAGUGCAACAACAGAUACAUUAACAACUGACAUUAAUGUAUGAAAAAAUAUAUGUAUAAUUACGUUUUUAUUAAUUCUUAUUUAAGAUUAUUCUACAAUAAAUAUUCCAUUAUUUGUAAGAUCAUCACUCAUGCGAUUUAAUAUUUGUUUUUGCACUUCUGGUUUUCUUUAGACUUGUCAUGCCAUGUCAUGUUAGUGGUAAGUUGGAUUAGGUUUCACUCGGAAUUCAUUAUUUUUUUAUGAAUUUUAAGAAAUUUACUAGCAAAGAAUGGUGUUUCGGAAGGAAAUGAUGAUUUAAAUUUAAUGUUGGACGAGAUUGAAGAUUGUGGAUGUGUUUGACGCUACUGGUUUCUGUGUCAUGUCACCGGUGAGAUUAUAUUGGAUUUGAAAUUAUAUAAUUGAGAAACAGGGAUGGGACGAAUGAUUUGUUUACGAACGGAUUUAAUACUAGAUUUACUAUAAUAUAAAAUUACUUGUCCACUUCGGUCGAAAUUAAAAUAGAUGCUAUUUCAAUCCGUGGUGUAGUUAUCGAGAGCAGAUUUACAUUAAGUGACCAAUGUUAGACGGCUUUAUAUUCUGAAUCACGAAUUUAAAAUAUGUAUUACUAAUAAACGAUUUUAAACACGAAUAGUUCUUGUCACAAAA